CUAAAACCCAAUAUUGCAAUUGUAAAGCAACAGGCCAGAUUUCCCUAUCAGUUUGUAUUAAGGGAGGCCAGGCCUCCCCUAGGAAAUUAGCUUCUCAUAGAAGUCAAUGUAAUGCAUGCUUUUUCAUGCCAAUAUGUGAUUGGCCAGAUCACUGAAAAUGGGUGGGCAACGGAGGCCUGGCCUCACCAUGCAUUGUGUCCAGGGCUGAAAGAUUGACAUUUUGUUCGUCCAAUCACAUGCUACUGGUUCAUUUGGAAUCAAUCCUUUCCUUUCCUAAUCAACACAGAAGCCAUUUUGAGAAUUCGCCAGCCACUUCAGUCAAACAAACACUCGCCAUAGUGGCUACGAGUGUCCUAUCAACUUGUGCUUUUCAGGAAAUUUAGAGAACACCCCUGGCUAUCAUCCGUGAAGUUUAUAGCUCAUAUAGCCAAAUACUUUUGCUUAAAACGACCUCGGAAAUCGGCGAGAUUAUUAUAGUAUUUCUCAGUAAAUGAAGCCAGCACCAAGCCAGCACCAACCUGUGGAGUGGAGUCCAGGAGAGAGCAUGCCGCCCCUCAGCUAAACCAGAUUUUUUGCCUUUUCUUUCCUCUCCAUGGCGAGCAUUGUGGGAGCCGUGCCUGUACCGGAGCUGUGCGCCGACAAGUGCGCACUUGUUGACGAGCAGCAGUUUCAAGCUUUGGUCCGGUGGAGCCGCAGUUUAACGGAGAAGAUCCUGCGGUCCGUGUCCUACAUGCACACGUCCUGCAUCCACAUCGAGUCUCUUCAGCUGAACUCCUCCGAAAACGCCAAGCUCAGCACAUUAGCAUCCAACAUCAACAUUCCUGCUACUCCUGUGCUGAGAAUUACGUCGGAAAAACUGGAGAACAGCCUGAGGCACAUGCACGAGGGUCUCCAGCUGCAUCGAGCCUUGCUGAGCUGCGUCUCUCCUCGGCUAGAAAACACACAAACAGCGACGAACCUAAUGGAUGACGUCCGAGAUCUUGCCAUACAAGUUAACAAGAUGCUUAAAAUGCUCCAGACGGAGCACGCAAUGCUGACAUCACUACCCAGUGUGAAGUUACGCCUACCCGGGGAAUAUGAGGUUCAGGUGGCCGCCCACCUGACGCUGGUUCAGCUCCAGUCUCUGACUCAGGACAUGGUCCGCUUCUUCAGGAAUCUAGACCGGGGCAAUGAGGAAACACAUCUGCAAUCGGACACAUUUUAAUCAACCCUGCUUUGUUUGCUAGAAUUAUUUAUUGACUUGUUUAAUGAUUUAUUUUUCUAUUUACAUAUUUAUUUUUUGGAUCAGUCCUAAAUAUUUAUUUCAGGUGUUUAUUUAUAUUUGACUGGCUGCCUUGUGUCAACAUACCACAACACGCCUAUCUCAAACAAUAAGUUGUAUUUAUUAUUUAUAUUAACAAAAUACUAAUACUUUAUUAAGUAUUACACUUUGAUUUUUAAUGGAUUCUUUUUAUACAUUAUAGAGUUGUCAAGUAAAAUGACGGAAUAUAUUUGUAUGGAUGCCAAUAUUUAUGAUCUGUCCUUAAAUAAACAUUU